UCCAACAUGGUGACAGACCAGGAGAUUGAACGAGAAUUUGAGGAGUUUUCUGUUACUAUAGACGACUUGUCCGUCUUAGAUAAAUUGAAAGAAAUCUGCAUUUUGUGUCAUCUGAGUGCUACAGAGUUAGUUGAAGAAUGGAUUGCCCAUGUAACAUCUGCUGGCUGUAAUCAAGAACCGGAUCUUUCUUCCCUGGAAGACUUUGAACGAAAGCAAUCUUUGUCUAAGGAAAAGAAACAGAAGCAGCUGAGCAUUAAACUAGAGGAGACCAAGCCCUUGAUGUUUAGUAAAGACACCAUCGAUGAAGUUAUCAGUGAAGAAUAUGAAGAUUUGUUAGAAUGCUACCAAACCCCUGGAAAUAAGUUAUCUACUAAAAGACCUCAUACAACUCCUGAAGCAGCUAUCAAUAAACGUCAUGCAUCUCUUGGGCGCAGUCCUGGCCCAGCUCCUUUCUCUCCUGCCAGUUUUUCUCCUGCCAGUGCCACUCCUUCUAUUAAGUAUAGUUCACGGAACAACUCUGGGGAAAUAGUAUUUUCUUUUAACCCUAGUGGAAGUGAUCCACAACAUAUCAUUCAACAACAUAUACCAGCAACGCAUUUGACAGUGCAGUAUGCAACCCAGAAAGAUGCUCUGUUAAACAGCUACAAAUACAUGUUUCAAAAACAGGGUGAUAAAGCGACUGUACUCGGUGAGCUCAUUGAUAAUAUGGCAGAGAAAUUGCAAGCAAGCUUAGGAGUUGAGGAGUUUUCUAGUUUAUGCAUACCAACUCAGGAAGAGGUGUUUGUUAUUGGGCGUAUUUGCUGUGACUCAAAUGGGAAAUUAAAUUCACAGUCAGUUGUAUUGGAAGGUUCACAAGAGCUCUCCUCAGGACAGCAAAUCAAGUUGGAUCUUUCAGAAUUACGACAGUUUGCACUCUUUCCUGGUCAGGUUGUUGCUAUUGAGGGAGUGAACAGUACUGGUCAAAAAUUGGUUGUGAACAAACUUUGUACAGGAGUACAGCUUCCUUUCCACUCACCAGUGGAAAAUGUUGAGCAUGGUUCUGAGGACAUAACAUCAGAGCCAUUUUUAAUGUCAGUAGCUGCUGGCCCAUUUACAACUUCAGACAGCCUACUUUAUGAACCCCUUGCAGAUCUCAUGCAAAAAGUACAAAAUGAUAAACCAAACCUUCUUAUUUUGCUAGGACCCUUUGUCGAUACCAAGCAUGAUCAGAUCAUAAAUGGUGAUCUAGAGGAACCUUUUGAAGAUCUCUUUGACAGACAAGUACAACAGAUAGUUAAAGCUACUGAAAAACUAGCCACUACAGUUGUUUUUGUGCCAUCUCAUCGAGAUGUCCACCAUGACUUUGUCUAUCCCCAGCCACCAUUCAGCACCAAAGUUAACACAGCAGAAUUCAAUGCAGCUGAGCGAAUCCAUUUUGUGUCAGAUCCUUGUACCCUUGUAGUCAACAAUGUGUCUGUUGGUCUUUCUUCAAUGGAUGUAUUGUUACACUUGGCAAGUGAAGAGACAGUUUGUCCACCAGGAUCAUCUGACAGAUUUGGUCGCCUUCUGAAACAUAUUCUUCACCAGCAUAGCUAUUACCCACUGCAUCCACCAGCUGAAGAUGUCAACAUAGAUUAUGAGCAGUUUGAAAAGUAUGCAAUGCUCCCUUACAAUCCUGACAUCUUGAUCCUGCCAUCAGAUCUUCGAUAUUUUGCCAAGGACACUCUUGGCUGCUUAUGUCUCAACCCAGGCCGACUUGCCAAAGGCCAUGUAGGUGGUACUUAUGCCAAAGUCUGGGUGAAAUCAUCACCAGAUCAUUUAGACAAGUCAUCAUCUCAUAUUUUGCAAAGGUCCUUGGCACAAGUGAUCAGAAUAUAAGUGAAUUCAAAAGCUACACCUUAUUAGACCAUCAUGUUCUUAGAGACUGAGAGAUACAUCAGUUACAUGUCAAUAAGUAUUGUAAAUUGGCAGCAUAACGUCAGGUACACUGGUACAUUUUUUUUUGUUGCACAACCUUAGUAAUAAUGCUAUACAAAGGAGAGCUUGUAAACCCUUUUAUUAGCUGCGCACAUUUUGUGACUCAAAAUUAAACUUUUUUAACAUAUUUGUAGACCAAUUUAAGUUGUUAGGCAUCUUACUUAGGUUACAUCAGCUACUUUAUACUUAAUAGGAAUCAUAAGAAAUGAGGGCAAACAUUUUGGAUGUACGAGUUGUGGGAAUCUAAUGUCAGACAGCGUACAAUCACUCUCUGGGAUACGAAAUAAAAAAUUAUCAAAGGAUGUGCAAAAGAUUUUACCAGCCAAACUGGAGGCGCUUAAGUAAGCAUGAAACUAAAUCUAAUUUCUUAGAAAUUAUCAUGUGCAUUAGUAUUUAUGGCAGUGUAGAUAUAAUAAAAAUUAAUGAAAGUACUUUAGCAUGGUUCACUUUUCUGUCUUCCAUAAACUGCUACUUAUAAGCCACCCCCUUUAUAGGUCCAUCUACUUGUAAA